AUGCCAAAUCGACAACUCUUUGAAAAUUGGGAUUCUGUCCUUCUCUUCGCUUUUGUCGGCACAAUUUGGAAUACUUUAGCUAUUGGUUUUUCUCUUUACCUACUUGGCCAAUUAAAUUUAUUUUCUGUUGCCUUCUCCAAUUUUGAAAUUUUAUUGUUCGCCUCAUUAAUUAGUGCUGUUGAUCCUGUUGCUGUUAUUGCCGUUUUUGAGGAAAUUCAUGUUAACGAAUUCCUUUUUAUUAAUGUUUUUGGGGAAGCUUUGUUUAAUGAUGGUGUUAGCGUGGUACUUUAUCAAAUGUUCCGCAAAUUUACUCUCAUUGGUGUUAACAAUAUUGCAGUUUUUGACUACAUUGCUGGAAUAUUUUCUUUUGUUGUGAUAGCUUUAGGGGGUACUUUAAUUGGACUUUUCUUUGCUUUCUUCGUUUCUAUACUGACGAGAUUCACAAGUCGAGUCAAGAUUCUUGCACCUGUAUUUGUUUUUGUUGUUCCAUAUUUAGCCUAUCUUUCGGCUGAAAUGUUUGGAUUCUCAUCUAUAUUAGCAAUAGUAGCUUGUGGCAUAAUGAUGAAGCAAUAUGUUAAAGGCAAUAUGAGCCAUGAUGCAAACAAUUCAGUUAAAUAUUUUAUCAAAAUGCUUGCUCAAUGUAGUGAAACUGUUAUCUUUAUGUUUCUUGGAUUAUCUACAAUUUCUAGCAUUCAUCAAUGGGAUACUUCUUUUGUUUUUGUUACAAUAUUUUUGUGUUUAUUUUAUAGAACUAUUGGUGUAAUAGUUCAAUGUUCUGUAUUAAAUCGAGUAAGGAACAAGAAAUUUUCUUUGAGAGAUCAAUUUGUGUUGUGUUAUGGCGGUCUUCGAGGAGCUAUUGCUUUUGGUCUUGUAGUAUCCUUACCUGCAGAUAUUCAAGCUAAAAGAAUGUUUGUGACUACUUGCAUUGCUGUGAUCUUCUUUACUGUCUUCUUAAUGGGUAUAACCAUUAGACCGUUACUGUUUCUAUUAAAAGUGGAAAAGGCUGAUCUUGAUUAUGAAGCAAUGAUGGUCGAGAAGGUUUACAACAAAUACUUUGAUUACACAAUGGCUGGGAUUGAGGAUAUUAUCGGGCAAAGAGGCCGACACUUUUUUAGAGAUUCUUUUGAGAGAUUCAAUGCAAAGCUUAUUAAGCCUUUACUAAUGAGGCAUGUUAAACGCAAAGCUUUUGAUGCUAGUGACAUUGUUAGGGCCUAUAAUAAAAUUACUCUAACUGAGGCUGUCAAAAUUGCUCAGGUUGGAAGGAAAAUGACCAAACAAGCAAGUAGACCUCAUAGUCAGUCAAUAGCUUCUGCUUAUAUGGAAACAAUUAAUGGGAGCACAAUUUCAAGGAGUAAUACAAUGAAGAGAGAGAUUGAUCAGUAUAUGGCCAGUCAAGACAACAUGGAAGCCUUGUACACAAUGUUUUCUCGUUUGUUGGACAGAAAGGUUGAUGAACUUAAAAGAGUACAAUCUGAAGGAAGUGAAAGGAGAGAAAAUAAUGAUGAUAUUAAGGAUGAUUACAUGGAUAUUUUAAUAACCAAAGUUCAAUUAAAUCAACAACAACCCUCAAUAUCAGUAAUAAAUACCGCUAGAAGGACCUCAAAUCGUAGUAAAACUGAUAAUAAGCUUAACGUCAAUGUGAGAAACAAAAUAACUUGCUACGACGUUAAGAAAGACAGUAUAUCAAAUUUUUCUCCACUAACUCGAAGAAUGUCACAACCCGACCUGCGUUUAAGUCAAAUUUCUACCACUGAUAAUUCUGAUACUAAUGAAGAAACAAGAAGGAAUACAAUAAUUAAUACACUAAAAAUUCCAAAAAAUUCAGAAAAUGAGGAAAAAGAGAGCAAAAUUUAA